UCCCAGCCGGGGCGGUGCUGUCCCAGCCGGGGCGGUGCUGUUCUGUUCUGUUCCGCUCCGCUCUCCCGGGUGCGGCCGGCGCUGCUCGGCCAUGCGGGCGGGCUGAGCGGCGCUGCCGCCGCCUGUCCCGGGCCAGGAUGGCCUCCAAUUUCAACGACAUCGUCAAGCAGGGCUACGUGCGCAUCCGGAGCCGCCGGCUGGGGAUUUACCAGAGAUGCUGGUUAGUGUUCAAAAAAGCUUCAAGCAAAGGGCCCAAGAGGCUGGAGAAGUUCUCAGAUGAGCGAGCUGCCUACUUCAGGUGCUACCACAAGGUCACGGAGCUCAGUAACGUGAAGAACAUCUCGAGGCUGCCCAAAGGCACCAAGAAGCACGCAGUGGGCAUUUCUUUCAGUGAUGACACCUCCAGAACCUUCGCUUGUGACUCAGAGCUUGAGGCAGAUGAGUGGUGCAAGGUGCUGCAGAUGGAGUGCCUGGGAACACGAAUUAAUGACAUUAGCCUUGGAGAGCCUGACUUGUUGGCAUCUGGAGUAGAGAGGGAGCAGAGUGAGAGAUUCAAUGUGUAUUUGAUGCCAUCCCCUAAUUUAGAUGUGCAUGGGGAAUGUACCUUGCAGAUAACAUUUGAGAAUAUCUGUCUUUGGGACAUCCAGAAUCCCAGAGUCAAACUGGUCUCGUGGCCUCUCAGUGCCCUGCGGCGCUACGGGCGGGACCCAGCCUGGUUCACCUUCGAGGCGGGCAGGAUGUGUGACACGGGAGAGGGGCUCUUCAUCUUCCAGACCAGGCAUGGCGAGGCCAUCUACCAGAAGGUGCACUCGGCCGCCCUGGCCAUCGCCGAGCAGCACCAGCGGCUGCUGCAGAGCGCCAAGGACUCCAGGCUGCAGCUGAGGAGGAGCGAGCGGGCCGUGUCCCUGGGCACCGUGGUGCCCCUGCCCCGCAGCGCCUACUGGCACCACAUCACCCGCCAGCACAGCACGGGGCACCUGCUGGGGCUGCCAGGUGUUCCCAGCCCCCUGAAGCUCCAUGGCCCCACGGACACCUUCCCAUCGUGCAGCUCAGAGCAGCGAGAGGAGCCCAGGCACAGCCUCACCGCCUCUGCCCUCUGAGCAGCUGCCCCAGGGCAUGACAGGGCUGAUGGCAACCGAGGGUGGAAACACAGAAAAGUCCAGGUUGGAUGAAGAAUUCCCGCAAUACAAAGGAUUUUUUAAACUUUGCCAAAAGCAGAAACGCUGUGGAUGUUGGGGAGAGGAACCAAGCCACCAAACCCUCUGGUGUAUCUUUUAUAUACCCUGGACAGAGGAGAAAUCACUCCCUGAACACUCCCACUGAUUUUGUAUGAUAGGUAUGUUGUAAAUAUGUGAGAAUCUGCUGUAGUGUGGUUAUUUUGGCUCCUGACACCGAUUUGUGGCAGUGCUUACCUUGAGUUAUUCCCAUUAUUGUUACCCUGACCUCUGGAAUGGUGGCCAGUUUGAAGCAGCUCUUGGAUACAAUUUUUCCUGUUUGAAGACUUGAUUGAUUUCUUUUAAAAGAAUCUCCUCUUUCCUGUAUUUAUUUACAUCUCUGUAAACAUUGAAAAUAAAAAAGUCCCACGCAA